AUGACCUCGUCGCCGACUCAAGGGCUACGGCCUGAUUCUACCAAGCCGUCUACAUCCGACAAAGACUCAGACCCAGAAAGUCUACAGCUUCAGGAGCAAGCAGUACCGAGCAACAUCUCUGUCAUAAAGGGACUGGGAUGGCUCGACCGCUUCCUAGCUCUCUGGAUCCUUUUCGCUAUGGCAAUCGGUAUUCUUCUCGGAAACUUCGUCGAGAAAGCUGGACCAGCGCUUCAGAAGGGCAAGUUCGUAGGGGUGUCCAUUCCUAUCGCUUUAGGCUUGCUCGUCAUGAUGUACCCUAUCCUUUGCAAAGUGCGUUACGAAACUCUACAUCGUCUAUUCCGCACCCGCGCCCUCUGGAUACAGAUUGCUUUUAGCAUUGUCAUGAACUGGAUCGUCGCUCCGCUGCUCAUGCUCGGUCUUGCGUGGGCCUUCCUACCCGACCAGAGCGACUUACGGACAGGGCUGGUGUUAGUCGGGUUGGCCCGGUGCAUUGCCAUGGUCCUCAUCUGGAACGGGCUUGCUGGCGGCGAUGACGAAUACUGCGCAAUCUUAGUAGCAGUCAACUCCAUCCUCCAGAUGAUACUUUACGCUCCCCUCGCCAUCCUCUUCAUCAAGGUCAUCAGUCGCGAAACCGGCACCGUCGCCGUCUCAUACGAAACAGUUGCCACGAGCGUCGCAGUAUUCCUCGGUAUACCCCUCGGUGCUGCCAUCUUGACACGUCUUCUGCUUCGCAAGCUGGUAGGCGCCGAGUGGUACGAGAAAGUCUUCCUCAAGUGGCUUGCGCCAUGGUCACUUAUUGGUCUUCUGUACACCAUCCUCGUUCUAUUCGCCUCUCAGGGUCGACAGGUCGUUCAUCAGAUCGUCUCCGUUGUUCGAACCGCCGCACCACUGAUCGUCUACUUCGUCGUAAUUUUCUUCUUUACACUCUUCGUGUGCAACAAGCUUGGGUAUGGAUACAAGUUGGGGGCGACCCAGAGCUUCACGGCUGCGAGCAAUAACUUCGAGCUUGCCAUAGCUGUGGCUGUGGCUACGUAUGGGCCCAAUAGCGAUCAAGCACUCGCGGCUACAGUAGGACCUCUCAUCGAAGUCCCUGUGUUGAUCGGGCUGGUGUAUCUGGUGAAGUGGAUGGGUAAGAGGUGGGCUUGGAAGAAGGUUUAA